AUGGGAGACCGUGGGUUCAACUUCAGUCGCAAAUUGAAUCAGUCGCUUGACCUUGGUGCCGCCACGAAAACCGGAACAACAAUAUGUGGUGUCGUGUUCGAGGCUGGAGUCAUACUUGGUGCCGACACAAGAUCGACAAACGGCGAAACCGUGGCUGAUAAGGACUGUGAGAAGAUUCACUAUAUCGCCCCUAACAUAUAUUGUUGUGGCGCGGGAACGGCUGCAGAUACGGAAUCUGUCACAGGUUUAAUUUCUUCAAACUUGCUCUUACACAGGAAACAGACGGAUCGACCAAGUGCAGUGAAAAGUGCGCUCACUUUGUUGAAAACCACCCUCUUCCGCCACCAGGGUCAUAUAGGCGCAGCGCUUGUUUUAGGUGGUGUAGACAGUGAUGGCUCACAUCUUUUCACCGUAUAUCCGCACGGUUCUUCCGACGCGCUACCCUACGCAGCGAUGGGGAGUGGAUCCUUAGCGGCGAUGGCAACUCUUGAGACAGGGUACCACGAAGAGAUGAGUUUGGAUGCCGCAAAAAAUUUGGUUACACGAGCGAUUCUAUCCGGUGUAAUGAACGAUCUUGGCUCUGGCUCGAAUGUCGACUUGUGUGUUAUCACGAGGGAUAGCGUGCAGUACUUGAGAAAUGACACAUCCAAUAUGCACCGAACGUUUCGUAUUUCUUCGAAGUUUGAUGACCGCCAGGAGGCAGUAAUCGAUUACUCGCACUGUGGUACCGCAACGCGAGUAUUGCAUGCCAACUAA